UUUGACAAGCUUUCCUCGACCGCAUCCUAAUCAAUUAACACCAUCCAUUGCAUCGUUGAGUUACACGCAUAUCGGCCACAUUGCUUGCAAUAUCGUUGGUCAAAAUGGCAGCAAAAGUGGGAUCAAGUUUGCUCGAGUCCAUCAAGGUGCUGUUCUACAGUUCCUCCAUCCUGGGGAUCAUCCCGUACUCGCUGCGAGAUUUCUACUCCCGCACCGUGCUGCGCGUUUCCGUCGUGGGAAACAUUUGGGUCCUGCUGAGUGUCGUCAGCUACUCGGUCAGCUACCACAUGGUGACGGAUGCCUACGUCGGAGUGGGAGGCGGAGGACAAGGGACCCUCACCAAUGCGAUCGGCAUCUUCAUCAUCUACAUGGAACCGCUGAUGAUGUGUAUCGACAUGCUGGCCGCCAUGCUCAACCAGAAGCGCUUGAUUGAGUGCGUCGAGCGGCUGGACAAGGUGGACCUGAAGCUGGCUGGCGAGAACAUCCCGGUGGAUAAUGGACGGCUCCGGCGGUACGUCGUCAUUCUGCUGGUACUGGUGUUCGUCUUCGAGGCUAUCCUCACGACGUACAAUUUUGUCGAAUUCUCCGAAGCGUAUACCUUGUUGUCCUUGAUGUGGUUCAUUACGACAUUCCCUACGGCCAUCAACUCCGUCAGCCGGAUUUGGUUCGUAGUGCUGGUUCAAUCCAUUCGACAUCGGUUCCACGUGAUGAACCAUCACAUGGAUGAACUGGCUGCGUUGUUGGAAGAACACAAUGACCGCUGGGAAGAUGACUUGGAGAUCGAGAAGAACGACAUUCCAAUGAAUUAUUUGGAAAAGGAGAUCUUCACCAUUCGCAGCCACAAAAGAGGAAAUGCUGUUCAACCGAUAAUGCCGAUGAAACCUUACGGCAAUCAGCAAGGGAAGAUCAUUAGCGUGAAACCGUUCGAAAAACGACUGACCGAGGAGAAAGUCUUGGCACAGAAGCGAGCAGUGUUUGAAUUCCUCGCGUUCGACAAAUAUAUGAAGAUCGACGAGAAGCUGGAUAAGAAGAUGAUUCUCAUCUGCCGCACCCACGACGAGCUAUGCGAGAUUGGCAAAUCCGUGAACUACAUGUUCAGCUUUCAGAUGUUAGUCUCGAUGGCACACGGUUUCAUGGCCAUUACGGCACAGUUCUAUUUCCUGUACUGCGCCUUGUCGAAGCAGGAAGUUCCGAUCCUAUUCCGCUCCGCUACGGUGCUGCAGAUUUCGAUCAUCCAGAUCUUCUACAUUGCGGUCAAGUGCGUCAUUUGCAUCUACGUUUGCUGGAAAACCAAAACCGAAUCGCAACGGACCGGGGUCUUCAUGCACCAUUUGGCGAACAUGGUCGACGAGACGCACUUCUAUCAGAUUGUGAACCAUCUGUCGUUGAAACUGCUGAAUCACCAGUUGAACUUCAGCGCGUGCGGAUUCUUCGAUCUGGACAUGACCACGCUGUAUGCAAUCACCGGUGCCAUCACGAGCUAUUUGAUCAUUUUGAUUCAGUUUAAUCUGGCUGCACUGCAGAAAGCUGGAAACGCAACGGAAGCAGUCAACGUGACGGCGGCCACGGUGGCACCGUUGCUGAAUUUGAGCACGACUGCUCUCAGCACCUACGUGGCUAAUCCCUAAAGGACAUGAACAUGUGGUGGACCAUUGGGUCCCGAACAGUAGUGAAGUGCAACAGGUUGGCAGCACGCUUUGGUAUAAUUUCGUUGUCCAGUGCCAUGUUAUCUUCAACAUAUGCUUACAGUGAUUACAUGUGAUCAAGUGUUUAGUGUCGAUUUGAGCGUGAAGAACCAGUUGUGCAAAUAAUGUUACCUGUUUGAUAUGCUACAAUUGAUUUGUUGAUUUAUUUUCAUAUCACCAAUCGAAAUGUGCGAGAAGUGAUAAAAGCUGAAGAAAUACUAUUGGAAAGAAGCGGACUUUUCUGGAUCUGAGCAUAUAUUACAACGAA